CACUUUUCUUGGCUUUUUAAAUUGCAAGUCUGUCAGCUGGAGCAAGGGUUUGCUGGGGUUAUACGCUGCGGUUUAGCUUUGUUUAUUGUUAUUAUUAUUAUUUUUUAAAAAAGCCCGAGGUUCCCUGGAGAGCCCAGUCAAGUUUUCGACUCAGGGGCCCAAGAUGAACAAAGUGUGUGCUAUUUUUGGAGGUUCCCGGGGAAUUGGCAGGGCAGUGGCCCAGUUAAUGGCCCAGAAAGGCUAUCGACUGGCGAUCAUCUCCAGAAAUCUGGAAAUGGCCAGAGCCGCCGCAGGUGACCUCGGCGGAAAUCAUUUAGCAUUUAGCUGUGAUGUUGCUAAAGAACAUGAUGUUCAAAAUACAUUUGAAGAGAUGGAGAAACAUUUAGGUCAAGUAAAUUUCUUGGUAAAUGCAGCUGGUGUUAACAGGGAUAGUCUUUUAGUAAGAACAAAAACUGAGGAUAUGAUAUCUCAACUUAAUACUAACCUCUUGGGUUCCAUGCUCACAUGUAAGGCUGCCAUGAGGACUAUGAUUCAACAGGGAGGGUCUAUUGUUAAUGUAGGAAGUAUUAUUGGUUUAAAAGGCAAUUCUGGCCAGUCUGUGUAUAGUGCCAGUAAAGGAGGAUUAGUUGGAUUUUCACGUGCCCUUGCUAAAGAGGUAGCAAGAAAGAAAAUCAGAGUGAAUGUAGUUGCACCAGGAUUUGUUCAUACAGAUAUGACGAAAGACUUGAAAGAAGAAGAGUUAAAGAAAAGCAUUCCUCUUGGAAGGUUUGGAGAAACUAUUGAGGUGGCACAUGCAAUUGUGUUUCUUUUAGAAUCACCAUAUAUUACAGGACAUGUGCUAGUAGUGGAUGGAGGAUUACAACUUACGAUAUAGUUUAGAGAUUCUUCAGUUAUAAUGGUGAUUAGAGUCAAGGGUGUACUUGGUUAUUGAUAAAACAGUCCUACUACCUGGGUGACAAUUGCCAAUCAAACCUAUUGAUGCUACCAAUGUUGAUUUCUUUCUUUAUAUAAAUGUCUGAAAAGAACAAUGUGUGACCAAUUGGUUUAUCUAAAGGGUAUGUAUGAUCUGUCUUUCUUACCUUAUACACCAUAUCAAUUUUAGUAUGUAGACAUUUUGUGAGGGACAUAAACACAUAUUAAUUUAUGUUUUGCCUCAGAAAUGGAAAAAAUUAUAUUGUCUAAUUGUGAUGAAUGAUUUCAUUGUAUCAGGCUGAAUUUUCUAGAAGUUAACUUUUGGGGCAGUUGCUAAAAUAAGUAUUUCAUUGAUUAGUUGUCAGUACUUUAGCAACCAUGCUAAAGUUAAACAUAUAUUGUUUUGCAUGUGCUUAGGCAAUCAGUUUUUUAUACAGGUUGGAAAAAAGAGUAUCAGUUAGACAAAGGCAUGAAAUUAGAGUUGACUUCUUAAAGCAGUAUUAUUCUUGAUUGAACAGCUGGGCGAAAUAACCUGCAAAUUUAAAUGUGGUGCAAGUGGCUCAUUUUGUAGACAUUCCCAAAGGUAAUGAGGAUUAGUCCUUAAGGUUUUAAUAUCUGAUACAGUAAUGAGCUGCAUGGAUCUCAUGAACUUAGGGAGUGUUUUUUUUUUUUACCUACAAAAACUCAGUAUUGUGAGUUACUUAAAAACAGUUCAGGCUUUUGCAAGGGUACCUGGAACAAAUUUGUACCAAACCAGCAGCUUCAGUUGCUGCAUGUGUCCAAAAAUGCACUAAGUCGUCUCCAAGUUGGAAGCAUUCAGCAAACAAUGGCAAGGCAGAGCUACCCAAAACGUGCACUGAUUUCCAUGACAAAUAUGGUAAUGUGGUAUUAGCUAGUGGAACCACUUUCUGUAUUGCUAUAUGGACAUACAUAGUAACACAAGUUCAAAUAGAAUGGAACCUGUCCCUUGUUGGCAGAGUCACCCCAAAGGAAUGGAGAGAUCAGUAAACA